GCCAAGACAAUGACGAAUUUUCCUCUGGAUGAGGCCGUCGACAUUCCAGGCUGCUCAGAGUUCAAGCAGUUACCAGCUCACACUGUGUUCCCGUGGUGUGGCUUGUUAAUUGACACCCAGACCCUUGAAGUUUAUUGUGAUUACUCCAGUUAUGCCUGUACGUCCGUCAGGGCAAGCCUCUCCUUCAGCUAUAGCAGCGCAGCUGGGGUGCACAUGAGGAAUAAACUCUUCGUGGUCCUGCAGCUGCAGUGCCAUCACUUAUUUUUGGAUUUGCAGAUCAACAGUCUCAGGACAGUCUGUAUCAACAUUUACAAGAUUUUCCUGCUGCAAGCCUACAG